GCGAGUGCUGUCCAUUGCUUGGUUUGGCGGGAAGUUUACCGAUACUGCCAUGGCUGCACUGGCCGCAUCCAGUCCGUUUCUUGAAAAACUGGACAUUCGUGGAUGCAGACAUAUCAGUGUGACGGCUAUUCAGUUCUUGGUAGAAAAAUGUAAACGACUGACAAUACUCAAAUUGGAAAGUUCCGUCUCGGCCGUUCAAAAUGCCGAUCUACUAGCUGCAAACCACAUCGUGUCUUCGACUACACCAAUCUCUGUAAGUACAUCCAUAAGUGGAGUUAUUUCGACACGCCAAAAUACACUUCCAAUCCCAACUGCAAGUCGCCGUCGAUUUGGCCACAGAACACAAAGGCUGUCAGCCGAGGAACAUGAGCGUCGCAGUCUACUGAAAUUACUUCGCAAAAGAUUUCCUUCAGAUGAGCUUGUUCGUCUCGAGGAAACCAUAAUGUGAUUUAUCUAUUCUCGUUUUUUGCUUCAUGCGCAAAUACCUGUUCAUACCAACCACCUGCUUUAUAUAUCUUUCAUCUUGCAAAUCAUCUUUAAAUGGAGUUGAUUCACUUGUAUAUAUAUGCAUCUGCCUUUGUAUAGCGCCUAGCAAUCUGGGAUCUCGUUCGCUACACAUUGUCUUUUGAUCUACGAUAUAUAAAGUUUACCUUUAUAUCUUUUUAAUUCUCAUCGUUAUUUUCAACAAUCAUUGCGUUAGCAAUUAAAACAUUUUUUGUUG